CUCUAUAAUUUAUGAUUUAAAAAAAAUAAAUCCCUAUAUUUAAAGACGCAAGCACAAGAAAAUCGAAAGACAGAGACCAGAAUUAUACACUCCACCAUGAUGGGUUCAUCAUCAUCUCAUACAACCACAAUCCUCCGAAUCGCAGUUUUCCUACUCGUUUUCCCUCCCAUUCUCAGCAAUUUUCCUCCUAACCAAACACUCAUUUUCUCUCUCAAAACUCAACAUCUCUCUUACUCUUCUUCGACCAUCCAGCGCCUCUCUGCUUCAUCAUCUUCUUCCGACAAGCUCUCGUUCAGACACAAUGUCACUCUCACCGUCUCCCUCGCCGUCGGGUCGCCGCCACAGAGCAUCACGAUGGUUCUCGACACCGGAAGCGAGCUCUCAUGGCUUCACUGUAAAAAAGCUCCGAACUUGAGAUCCGUUUUCGACCCGAUUCGCUCUUCUUCGUAUUCACCCGUUCCCUGUUCCUCACCCGUUUGCACGACUCGGACCCGGGAUUUACCCAUACCCGCUUCGUGCGACACGAAUGCCAAUCUCUGCCACGUGGCAAUCUCCUAUGCCGAUGCUUCCUCCAUCGAAGGCAACCUGGCUCACGACACGUUCGUAGUCGGGUCCAAGACCCGACCCGGUACGGUUUUCGGCUGCAUGAAUUCCGGUUUCAGCUCGGAUUCUGAGGAGGACGCGAAAACCACCGGUUUAAUGGGCAUGAACCGGGGGUCGUUGUCGUUCGUUAACCAGAUGGGUCUCUCCAAAUUCUCGUACUGCAUCUCGGGUUUCGACUCGUCCGGUAUUUUGCUUCUCGGAGACGCGAGUUUCUCGUGGCUAGGGCCUCUCCAGUACACGCCACUGGUUCGGGAAACGACGCCGUUGCCGUACUUCGACCGGGUCGCAUACACGGUCCAAUUGGAAGGAAUCCGGGUCGGAUCGAAAAUGCUCCCUUUACCCAAAUCGGUAUUUGUACCGGAUCAUACCGGAGCCGGUCAGACGAUGGUUGAUUCCGGUACGCAAUUCACGUUCUUGCUGGGCCCGGUUUACAAAGCCCUGAGAAACGAGUUUCUCCAGCAAACCAAAUCCGUUCUGAGAGUCGUGGACGACCCGAACUUCGUGUUCCAAGGUGUCAUGGACCUCUGUUACCGGGUCGGACCGGGCCGGACCGAUUUCAACUCGUUACCCAAGGUGAGUUUGAUCUUCCGCGGCGCGGAGAUGAGCGUGUCGGGUCAGAAGCUCUUGUACCGAGUUCCCGGGUCCGAGUCGAGAGGGAGGGAUCAGGUGUACUGCUUCACGUUUGGGAACUCCGAUCUGUUGGGAAUAGAAGCGUUCGUGAUUGGUCAUCAUCAUCAACAGAACUUGUGGAUGGAGUUUGAUUUGGCGAAAUCAAGGGUUGGAUUUGCUGAGAUCAGGUGUGAUACAGCAAAUCAACGGCUCAGAUCGCUUGUUUAGAUUUUUUUUAUUUUCUGUAAUGCACACUUCGUA